GGACACCUGCCGCCCGGCGGGGUUGGCAGCGAUGUGAGCUGGACGCCCGCCCCGAAGGAAUCUGGACCGAACGUCCCCGGAGAGUCGCCGGCCGUGCCAGGAAGUCAACUUCAAGCAAAUUGACUUGAAUCGAGAUCUCCUUUGAGAAGCCUAAGUGUCCGGUAAACUGCACUGGUAUUUUACUGCAUUGGAAAAUACUCAAGUUCCAGUGGCUUUACCAUCCUGUACUUUACUUUCUGAAAACCUGGCAAUCCCAUGUGGACUUCGGGUAGAAUGAGCAAUGCAAAGAGCUGGCUGGGACUUGGCAUGUCCUUGUACUUCUGGGGACUGAUGGACCUUACGACCACUGUUCUCUCGGGCACACCAACACCACCAGGCAAAUUAGAAGCGCUCCUAUCAGACAAGCCACAGUCACACUCGCGGACAAAGAGGAGCUGGGUUUGGAACCAGUUUUUUGUUCUGGAAGAGUAUACUGGAACUGACCCUUUGUAUGUCGGCAAGCUUCAUUCAGACAUGGACAGGGGAGAUGGAUCCAUCAAAUACAUCCUCUCAGGAGAAGGUGCAGGUGUCGUGUUUACCAUUGACGACACCACUGGAGACAUCCAUGCCAUUCAGAGGCUUGAUCGAGAGGAAAGGGCCCAGUACACUUUAAGGGCUCAAGCCCUAGACAGGCGGACCGGCAGACCAAUGGAGCCAGAGUCAGAGUUCAUCAUCAAAAUCCAAGACAUCAAUGACAAUGAGCCCAAGUUCCUGGAUGGACCUUAUGUCGCCACUGUGCCAGAAAUGUCACCAGUGGGGACCUCUGUCAUCCAGGUGACAGCCACAGAUGCUGAUGAUCCGACCUACGGCAACAGUGCCCGAGUAGUAUACAGCAUUCUCCAGGGCCAGCCAUAUUUUUCUGUGGACUCCAAAACAGGUGUAAUUAGGACAGCGCUCAUGAACAUGGACCGAGAAGCCAAAGAAUACUAUGAAGUGAUUAUCCAAGCCAAGGACAUGGGAGGGCAGCUUGGAGGAUUAGCUGGGACCACAACAGUCAACAUCACCCUCUUGGAUGUCAAUGAUAACCCACCCCGCUUUCCCCAGAAACAUUAUCAGAUGAGUGUGCUGGAAUCGGCUCCAGUUAGCUCCACUGUGGGUAGAGUGUUUGCCAAGGACUUGGAUGAAGGAAUCAAUGCAGAGAUGAAAUACACCAUUGUGGAUGGAGAUGGGGCAGAUGCCUUUGACAUUAACACGGAUCCCAAUUUCCAAGUUGGCAUCAUAACUGUGAAGAAGCCCCUGAGUUUUGAAAGCAAGAAAAGUUACACCUUAAAAGUGGAAGGAGCCAAUCCUCACCUAGAGAUGCGUUUUCUGAACCUAGGCCCAUUUCAGGACACAACAACAGUGCACAUCAGUGUGGAAGAUGUGGAUGAGCCCCCCAUAUUUCAGCCAGGCUUUUAUUUUGUGGAGGUUCCUGAGGAUGUGGCGAUCGGAACAACCAUACAGAUCAUUUCUGCCAAGGACCCAGAUGUGACCAACAAUUCAAUCAGAUAUUCCAUUGACAGAAGCAGUGACCCUGGAAGAUUCUUCUAUGUUGACAUUACAACAGGUGCCCUAAUGACUGCAAGACCCCUUGAUCGGGAGGAGUUUUCUUGGCAUAAUAUCACUGUCCUUGCUAUGGAAAUGAACAAUCCUUCCCAGGUUGGAAGUGUUUCCGUCACAAUCAAAGUCUUAGAUGUGAAUGACAAUGCUCCAGAAUUCCCCAGAUUCUAUGAAGCUUUUGUGUGUGAAAAUGCCAAAGCAGGGCAGCUGAUCCAGACAGUGAGUGCAGUGGACCAAGAUGACCCACACAGUGGUCAGCACUUCUACUACAGCUUGGCUCCGGAGGCUGCUAACAACCCCAACUUCACCGUUAGGGACAACCAAGAUAACACUGCUCGGAUUCUCACCAGGAGGUCUGGCUUCCGGCAGCAGGAGCAGAGUGUCUUUCACCUGCCCAUCCUGAUAGCAGACAGCGGGCAGCCGGUGCUGAGCAGCACGGGCACGCUGACCAUCCAGGUGUGCAGCUGUGACGACUUCGGCCACGUCCUCUCCUGCAGCCCUGAGGCCUACAUGCUCCCCGUCAGCUUGAGCCGGGGCGCUCUCAUCGCCAUCCUGGCCUGCAUCUUUGUCCUCUUAGUGCUCGUGCUGCUCAUUCUGUCCCUGAGGCGGCACCGGAAGCAGCCGUACAUCAUUGACGACGAGGAGAACAUCCAUGAGAACAUCGUCCGCUACGAUGACGAGGGCGGCGGCGAGGAGGACACCGAGGCCUUUGACAUCGCGGCCAUGUGGAACCCCCGGGAGGCGCAGGGGGGAGGCGCCCCCAAGACGCGGCAGGACAUGCUGCCCGAGAUUGAGAGCCUCUCCCGCUACGUGCCUCAGACGUGCGCCGUGAACAGCACGGUCCACAGCUACGUGCUGGCCAAGCUCUACGAGGCCGACACGGACCUGUGGGCCCCGCCCUUCGACUCCCUGCAGACGUACAUGUUCGAGGGGGACGGCUCCGUGGCCGGGUCGCUGAGCUCCCUGCAGUCGGCCACGUCGGACUCGGAGCAAAGCUUCGACUUCUUGACGGACUGGGGGCCCCGCUUCCGGAAGCUGGCGGAGCUCUACGGGGCGUCGGAGGGGCCCGCGCCCCUGUGGUGA